CUGUUGACCAUCAUCAUCCUUCCUGGAAGCUGACCGGAAGAAACUCAAGGAACGCUCCUCAUCCCGCCAAAUUCCUCUGAAAGCCGAGUUGGAUCGAUCAUCACCUUCCUGAAAUCCGAGUUGAAUCGACCAUCAUUCGUGGACAGAAACGGAAGAAAUGUCCUAUCACGACAUAUUCUUAACCACCAAGAUCAUCACAGAUGAAACCUUUCGACUACAUGAAGGAUUUGAUAUGGCCUUGUUGGAUGACAAGACAAUGCCUCCCUCGCAACUUUUGACUUUAACAGUCCUCAAAACUGAACCGUUCUUGAAUUUUAAAUCUAGACUUGCUCAAAGCCUUGGCUAUUCGCUUAACUACUUUCGUCUUUGGACAUUGGCACACCAACGUCAUUGCGACUACCUGCGUGAGGCCACUACAACACGGCUAAUCAAAGCAGUACCAGAAAGUGAUCCGGAAUUGACAAUGCAGGAUGUCAUGAAUUCCCGACAGGCUUCCAGCCCGAAAACCCUCAUAUUCUACCUUGAAGUACUCGACCGGGUACAUGAGGCACGGUCUGGUCAAAUCAAGGAGUCUCAUAAGAUGGUCUUUGUCAAACAUUUUGAUGCUAAAAAUCAGAAAUUGGUUGGAAUUGGUCACUUUCAUGUGCAGAGUCGAGGAUCUUUGGACCCCCUCAUCAAAAACCGCAUGAAUCUUCCUUCAAAUGCAAAACUACAGGUUUACAAGGAAUUAGGUCCUGGGAAGACAAACGUGGAUAGCCCCAAGGUGUACUCCUCUGACCCAAUACGAAAUGGGGACAUCUUUUGCUUUCAAGUUGAACUUUCCGAUUCAGAUAUUGCAGAGUUGAAAAGAAAAAAGCUCUAUGUCGAUGUAGUGGAAUUUUACAACUUCUUGGAAAACCGCGUUCUCGUUCACUUCAAACCUCGUCAUGAGGCAAUGUCUGCGACUAUCGAGUUUUCCUUGGUUCUCAGCAAGAAAGAUACCUAUGAACAGAUGUCCAAAUUAGUCUCAGCAAAACUUAAUCAUAGUCCCGAAAACCUUCGAUUCACUGGUAGUCUCAAGGGCUUUCCCCAGAACGUCAUUCAUGGACAGCGUGUCCCGAGCACCUGCUGGACAUCUUCCCAGAAAGUCAUCACUGUGGCUGAUAUGAUCGAGACACCGAAUCAAAAUUCGGGCUACCCGAGCUACAGCAGCAGCGACUUGAAUAACAUCUUGUUCUAUGAGCUAUUGGAUCUGCCUACUGGCGAGGUUCAACAGAAGCGGAUGUUGAAAGUAACCUGGACCGGUGCUGACAACCGGGAAGAAAGCAUCCUUAUCGGUUGGGCUAACUCAGCCCGCGGCUAAAGUCCAAGUUAAAUCAAGUUAACUUAGCGGGGG